AUGAGACGAUCCAUUGAAAUUGAGGUGUCAUUAAAUGGGAAAAAAAAUAAAAGAGGAAAGGAUGCAAUCAAAUCCACCUCCGAAUCAAACCUUUCCCCAAAAUCAGAAAGGACAAAGGAAAGGUUAAAUGUGGAAAGAAAAUGGGCCAAUCGCAGACCUACUUUUGCAAGCCUAGGGAGUUGGACAAAUCCUGAUGCAUUGCGGCUUAAUGCUUAUGAAAACAAAGGCGGGGUGGCGGCUUUGUUUUACUCGCUCUCGUUCAGUGCUGCUCGAACUUGUGCACAAGAUGAAGUAUUGAACCUAUCGGUUUCGCCCAACAAGGAGCCCAACGACUGGGGAAUGCUUCCGAUGCAAACCAUGUACAGCAGCGAUGGAUGGGACUCUUAUUCCUGGGGAUUCCUAGCUGACUCCGACGUGAUUGAGAUUUCCAUCCAUAACCCAGGAAGGGAAAAAGACGCUACUUGUGGCCCUCUUAUCGAUUCUGUUGCCCUCAAGGCUUUGCGUAGGCCUCUAAAAACAAGAGGAAAUCUGUUGAAGAAUGGAAAUUUUGAAGAAGGUCCAUAUAUCUUCCCCAACACAACAUGGGGAGCUCUAAUUCCUCCCAACAUCGAGGACGACCAUUCCCCGUUGCCCGGCUGGAUAAUCGAAUCCCUCAAAGCCGUAAAGUACGUAGAUUCAGAACAUUUCAGCGUCCCAGAGGGAAAACGAGCUGUAGAACUCAUAGCAGGAAGGGAAAGCGCUAUUGCCCAGAUAGUGAAGACCAUCCCAGGCUGGUGGUACGAUCUAGUUUUCUCAGUAGGCGAUGCCAAGAAUGGGUGUGAAGGAUCUAUGCUAAUAGAGGCGUCUGCUGGGAAGGUCACGCUUCAGGUGCCCUACCAGUCCUCUGGUAAGGGGCAGUUCAUCCGAGCCACCCAUCGAUUUAGAGCAGUUUCAAGGCGCACAAGAGUCAGGUUUUUGAGCAGUAACUAUCAUAUGAGGAGUGACAAUACUGGAACAUUAUGCGGUCCUGUGAUUGAUGAUGUUCGGUUGUAUAGUCUUCGUAAACUACGUAUGUGAAGCGAUUCAGCCACAGAUACUCUCAAGCGUCAGAAUUUACAAAUCCUCGAGUUUACUCUCUCGCAAAGUCAUGAAUCGUGAUCAUCAAUAGCUUAUGAAGGAAAUCUAUUGUCUUGUUAUUGUGCUGGGGUGGGGUGAUUUUUUUUUUUUUUUCCUUUUUCCCUAAGAUUACUAUUACUGCUACUACAGAAACAAUUCAAACAGAGAAGAGAGCUUUUAAGUUGCUAUAUUACAGCAUUGGUCAGUAUAAAAUCAUACUCCAGAUUUUAGUUAAGGGACAUCUUAUCGUACAUGGUGAUGUUUAAUUGCUUCUUGCUGCCGGGAUAGAGUAUUAUUUGAAAUAUUAUUUAGAAUAAUUACGGUAGCACUUUUUGUGUGA